CACAACGGCCGGAGACUCGCAUAAUUUGAAGAAGCAGAACGAAGACAUUGAUUGUUUGAGGAGGAGGAGGAGGAGGAGGAGGAGAGAGAGAGAGAGAGAGAAAGAGAGAGAGAUCGAGACUAGCUGAUCAACCGGCACAACUCACACGAUGAGCAGCGAACAGGAACACCCGGAGGUGUCAGAGGUGGAGGAGGAGGAGGUGGAGAAGGACGAGGAUGCCGCCAUCGUGGAGCUGGUGACGGAGCUGAAGCAGGAAGGCACGACGCUGUUCCGGCUGCGGGACUACGACGGCGCCGCGUUCAAGUUCGACGAGGCGAUCCGGCUGUCCCCUCGAGCCCCGCGCGCGUACAACGAGAACGACAUCGCCUCCCUCCACAGCAACGUGGCGGCGUGCUACAUGCACAUGAACGCGCACCGCCCCGAGGACGACUACCACUACCACCAGGCCAUCGACCGGUGCAACAUGGCCCUCGACGCGUCGCCGAGGUACACCAAAGCGCUCCUGAAGAGGGCGCGCUGCUUCGAGGCGCUGGACCGGCUGGACCUGGCCUGCGUCGACGUGCAGGAGGUGCUCACCCUGGAGCCCAACAACGCGGUGGCGCUGGAGCUCCUCGAGAGCCUCAGGGAGGAGAUGGAGGAGAAGAAGUUCCUGCUGGAGCAGGAGGCCAGGUCGCUGGACGAUCUCAUCAAGGUCAUCUCCGCCAGCGAGAAGGUGGCCAAGCAAUUCAGCUCUACCAUCGCUACUGCAGCAGAUCCUGCUAAGAAUGCCCUCUACACGGAGUCGACGGAUGGCCACGACACCGACACGGAGGGGAUAUUGAUUCACGGUGAGCAGGACGACGAUCACGUGAGCUACGACGACAAUGGCGGGGAAGAGGCACCGCGCGGCCAGUCGGAGGAGGAGGCGCAUGUUGGUGAUCAGAGUGGUCAGCACAAGCACGAGGAAGAAGACGGGGGCAACGCAGAGCAUCAUACCGGCGCUGAGAACAGUGCUGGCUCUGGAGCGACGAGAUGCGUGGAGUUUGUUCUUGGAGAAGAAGGGGAUGUCAGGAGGAUUGCGCUGCUUCCACAAGAUGGCGGUCUGGCGCAGUUGAUGGACAUAGCUCGGAGCAAGUUCCCCGACCUCAAGGAAUUGUCUGUUCAUUUCAAAGACGACCGUGGUGACCUGGUAACGGUCGACUCAACUACGGACCAGAGCAUAUGGUUCGACGAAGCGAAUUCCGGGUCCCAAGGGCCACUUCGGUUGUACGUAACCCAAGGUAAUCGUGAACGGGUGUCGUGCCCCGAGCAGCCGAUUCGGGAACACGACGCUGCUGAUCCAUGUUUGUCGCACGAUCAGUAGCAGGCACGUACUAUAUGUGUCGUACGUUUGAUCAUAUAUAUUGAGACUUGAGUGAUGAAAUGUAUUUACCGUGCUCUAACUCCCAUAAUGUAUGUUUUCUGACUCUUUAAAAUGAGUAAGGAGAUCCAUUGUAAUCCAAGCACUACACAGAAAGCUAUU